AUGGGAAAAAGACCUUAUUAUCCAUAUUUCAAAGCGUUUGUGGCGAAAUAUUGGUCUAAGUUUUUUAUGGUGAGAUUUAAAAAUGAAAGUGAUAUUCAGUUGGUAUUAUCUUGUAUUCAUACAUUUGAGGGGCGGCCAAUAAUUUUGAAGAAAUGGGAUAAGAAUGUGAAUCUGGUAAAGGAAGUGAUGGAGACAGUGCCGAUAUGGUUAAAGAUUCAUGAUUUGCCGAUGCAUUGUCGUAAUGAAAGCUCUGUGUCCAAGAUUUGUUCUUCUUUUGCUAAUCCUAUCUAUAUGGAUGAUCCGGAGUCUCAUCGUGAUAAAGGAGAAUACGUGAGAGUUAUGGUGGAAGUUGAUGUCAAGGAAGUCUUGCCGAAUUGUAUGACUGUGGACUUUCAUGGCUGUGAUUGUGCUAUUGAUUUUGAGUAUGAAUGGAAACCAAUAGUGUGUAAUUUGUGUAAACGCAUUGAUCAUCUGGAAGCCCAAUGUCCUCAGAAAAUUGUCCAGGCUAAACCCGAGAAAACUGUUGAUAAAUGGGUGAUUAAACAGAAAGGAAAACUGGUUGAUGUUGUGGAUGCAGAGAAGGUGCUUGAUAUAAUGCCACAGAGGAAAUCUCAAACAGAAAAUAUUGUUUCUACUUUGAAUGGUUUUGCUGUGUUGGCUUUGACAGAAGGGGUUAUUGAGAUUAUUGAUUUAGCACAGAAUUCCUCCAAUGUUUGUACGACUGCUAAUGGAAAUCUCGAUGGUCCAGAUAGUGUUCAAGAUAUAGCUAGUGUUACUAAUUCUGGUCUGCCAGUAGAUACAACCAAUAAGGAAAUUAUUACUGAGAACCCAGUGGAGAGUUUACAUGUGUUUGAAGAUCCAAUCACUACUGAUACAAUUCCUGCUAAUGUUCCUCCAUCACAGGAGGACUUAGAGGGUGUUGGUGUUGUUAAUGAAGGAGUCCAGCAGGCUGAAUUUGAUCAUAUUCAGAGUGCUUCAAUAGAAGAUCAAGGAGGAGGGAAACCAAGGCAGCGCAAGAAACCUUUUAUUCAACCUUCAGACAGAGUGACUAGAGGAUUAAGGAAGGGAAAUCUGUUAGAAUACAGAAAAAACUUGGAUCUCAGUGGUCUUGGUUUGCUAAUUAUAACUCUAGUUCAACAUAUAGGCUCUGGGAGUAGUUUUCAUGUUACUGCUGUCUAUGCUGCAAAUAGAGCUUCUGAUAGAAGGGAGUUGUGGAAGUCUCUUAAAGUUCAAUAUACUAAAAUUCAAGGACCCUGGCUUGCCUUGGGGGACUGGAAUAUGGUUAGAUACAAUAUGGAGAAGAAAGGUGGAUUGAGAAUUCCACAAAGUAGACUAGAUGAAUUCAAUAGUGUUCUUUAUGACAUCAAGAUGGAUGAUAUUCCUAUUAACAAUGGUGAGUGGUCCUGGUGUAACAAACAGAGUCUUCAGAGGAAGAUUAAUGCCAAGUUGGAUAGGGUGUUGACAAAUGACAGGUGGCUUCAACACUUCAAUGAUGUUAAAGCUUCUUUCACGGCAGCUUCAUUAUCUGAUCACUGUGGUUUAGCUGUUCAUUGGCAUGUGGACUGCUCUGCAGGUCCUAAACCUUUUAAAUUUCUUAAGAUAUGGUGUGACCAAAGGGAAGUUGAUACAGUGGUUGCCGAAGCUUGGGAGGUUACAGGUCCUAAACCUUUUAAAUUUCUUAAGAUAUGGUGUGACCAAAGGGAAGUUGAUACAGUGGUUGCCGAAACUUGGGAGGUUACAGGUUCUGGAAAUCCUUUACAUAUGCUGCAGAAAAAGUUGAGAGCUGUGAAGGAAGCUGUCAAAGAUUGGAAUAAGCAAAGGGGUACAGUUUCAGAGCAAAUUCAAGUUGCUAGGGAUAAUUUCCUGAAAAUACAAAUGGAAAUGUUAAGUGACACUAUGAAUGAAGAUUAUAUUCUUAAAGAAAGGGAAGCCUGUGGGAACCUGCAACAUGUCUUAGCUCUUGAAGAGAUUGUCUGGGCCCAAAAAUCUAGAAGUAAAUGGCUGAAGGAGGGGGAUAAAUGUACUACAUUUUUUCACAAUUUAGUCAAACAAAGGAGAGGGUUUAAUGCUAUUACUCAGCUACAGGAUACAACUGGAGAAAAGUCUGAAGAUAUUAAGGUUAUUAGAGAAUGGUUGAUCAAAUUCUAUUCUGAACUUUAUACUCAGCAGGGAGAGGGGAUUCAAGUGGAUUUUAUUCCUAGAAAAACCUUAACUCCAGCAGAGAGUAUGUCUUUGAAUUGUCCUAUUACAGGUGAAGAAAUCAAAGACGUGGUUGUGAAUUUUCAUCCUGAUAAAGCUCCUGGUCCAGAUGGGCUUCCUGCUAGGUUUUUUCAGAAAUUCUGGGGAGUAGUUGGUCAAGAUGUUAUAGCAGCUGUGCUCCACUUCUUUGAAUAG